UCGCCCCGGAGCCAGAUGGUUUCCCUGAUGGUCCGUCCUGUUUCUACCCCACAAAAUAUGUCGCCGGUCAUGUCAAGUUUGUUGGGUGUUUAAUGGCCUUGUAGGGCAUCAUGACCAUUGGGGCGUGGUGGGGAGGACCAAAGGUUCCGACUGUCCAGAUAACCACCACUAAUCUCGGAGACUCCCAAUUUGAGACUUGGACGACACCCUUUAGCUUGUUUCCUUUAAAGCGGACGACCAGACAGAGGAGGAAUCGAGGUGGGCAGCGCCCGCCUGGUCAAGAAUGGAUGCAAGGUGCUUUGCUCUGUGCUUACAUCGCCAUGGCGAUAGCAUGUGUGAAUUUUCUCUUCAUCCUUAUUGCGGUCGGGAUCGGCUAUUCCAAACGACCUACCGCGCGCAGCUUCUCGCGACUCCGACUGUACCACGGCCACUGUAAUCGAACGAGUCACUGGGCGACCGCCAUCCACAUCAUCAUCAAUCUCUUUUCCACGGCCCUGCUGGCGGCUAGCAGCCAUGCCAUGCAGUGCGUGGGAGCCCCCACCCGCGAAGAUGUGGACCGGGAGCAUAAGAGGCGCCGCUGGCUGGAUAUUGGAGUCGUGAGCUGGCGCAAUUUGCGCAUCAUGAACCCUAAGCGGAAAGUCCUGUGGCUGUUGCUUCUUCUCAGCUCCACCCCAAUCCAUAUGCUUUACAACUCCGUGGUAUACGCCUCGAUCGUGACCUACAACUAUGCCAUGAUCUUGAUCCCCGCCGAUCUGUCUCCGACCGAGGCACUGGUCCCGGCGAACGACUCGGCCAACUUCUACGCGGCGGUGGGGAGCACCCCGGAGACAAUCCUCACCGAGAUCUUCAACGGAACUUUCACCAACAUGACCAAUGAAGUUUGUCUCGACAGCUACGACGUGCAGUAUAACACGCAGCAGGCCACUCUGAUCUUUGUGGCCGACCGACGAUUUUUCCCGAAUGAAAGCAGCCUCAGCGCGAUGAUAGACGGCUAUACCUCCAUUUAUGACUACACGAACAACGAAGGGACUGGCGUCGCUGAGACUGCAAUAGCGAAUAAUACGUGGACUGCGCAGGGGAUCAGCUGGAAUCUUUCCUCUGCUGCCAUCGGAUACGAGAACCCCGAUGAGCUCCCCAAGGUUCAGAUUUCCCACUGCAUGGCCAAGCGCGCAGUCCAGCGCUGUGAGCUGCUGUUUAGCCCGUCGAUCGCUCUGGCAGUGAUUGUCAGCAAUCUCGUCAAGGUAGUAUGUAUGUUCUUGGCCGCUCGAACGGACCGACCAGGAAUCUUACUGCGAGUGGGCGAUGCUGUCGCCUCGUUCCUCAACCAGCCUGAUCUCACCACCCAGGGCCGGUGUCUCAUGUCGCGGGAAGACAUGAUCCAUGGCCCCAACCCCUGGGAACUACCACCCAGUGGGGGGAGUAUCUUCCGGCGCCGGCUACGUUCCCUGUGGUUGCCAAGGAUGACAGAUAUUGCUUUGGUGAACCUCUCCACAACCCCAAGUGAAGGGCUGUUGGAGGGAAGUCGUCCAAGGAAGCUCUCCGGUCGGAAGUUCUGGUUCCAGGCUGCGAGUUACAAGCGAUGGGUGCUUUUUCUUGUGUUAUUCUCCGCCUGUAUCGGGGUGCCCAGCUGGAUUUAUCACGCCCUUGUCACCGAAGCCCAGUGGUCUUUGGCGGACCAGUGGUACCUGGGCUUUGGUAGUCCGAACUAUGAAACAGGGCUAUAUUUCGGCACCAGUAACAUCCUGGCCCUGGUUCUACUGACCAAUUCCCCCCAACUGGUGUUUUCUAUUCUGUACUUCCUCAGCAAAAACCUGCUAUCGUGCAUGCUGGUCACGGCCGAGUACAACGACUAUGCGACGCAGCGCAAGCCUCUCCGCGUGUCUUGGCCCCGGGGCCACCAGCGAUCCUCCUACUACCUCUCGCUGCCGAUGCGAUACAGCGGACCGUUAUUUGUCAUGUCGGCGGCCCUGCAUUGGCUACUCACCGAAAGCUUCUACUCCGUCGAUUGGAAUGUGUACAACGUGUUUGGGGAAGUCGAUUACGAUGCGUCCCCCAACGGAUGUGGCUUUUCCCCGAUGGCGAUUUUCAUGACUAUCAUUCUCCUUGGGAUGGCAAUGGGCGCACUGCUGCUGCUGGGGGCGCGCCGCUUCAAGUCUCUUAUGCCGUUGGCGGCGCAUUGCAGUGCGGCCAUUAGUGCGGCCUGUCAUCCCCCGCCCGGAGAUGAAGGCGCUGCUUUUCAACCGGUCAUGUGGGGGGAAGUCAGUCAUCCCGAGUCCUCGACUCAUGGCCAUUGUACCUUUACAUCACAAGUGGUGGCUAGCCCCUCCAUGUCCCGUCUAUAUAAUUGAAGAAAUAAAUGUUUCUGUUUUAGCAUUUCCCUUGUUGACCCAAGUAGCGACAGAGAAAUUGAUAAUAUCUUGGAUACGGAUUUCCGUGCAUAAUGUCAAGGCAUGGUAGGUUGUCCGAUGCACUAUCUCUCACAACCUUACAACCUGCUUUGCUCUAACUGAGCCAAGUCAACUUGAG